AGCAGGGGUGAGACAGUAAGGAGGUGCCCCGUUCCUGGGAUUCAGUGUCUCAGACAUCAGUUCUCUCAGAGAAGAGUGGACACAUAGGCUGAUAGGAUGCAGCAAGCAGUGAUUCUGGUUUCCCUGUUGGUCUUGGGUUGGUCCCUGACCCUUCAGGGGGUCCCUGCACCCCCAGAGCCUCUCUACCCCACACAGGAGAACUUUGACCUGGCCCGGUUUUUGGGAACAUGGCAUGAUGUUGCUGUGGCAAGUACAUGUCCCUAUAUGCAGCGUAACAAGGGAGAUGCAGCCAUUGGGAAACUGGUACUGCAGAGCGGCACUGAUGGCAAACUCAAGACGACUCGAAGAGUACUCAGGCAAGGAACAUGUAAGGAGAUGUCUGGGGACUAUGAGUUGACCACCACACCAGGAAGAUUCCUCUAUCAUGUUGCCAAGUGGGGGGUGGAUGUGGACGCUUACGUGGUUCACACAAACUACAAUGAGUAUGCAAUAAUGAUAAUGAGCAAAGAGAAAUCAUCGGGGGAUAAGAGCACCUCAGUUAAGCUUUACAGCCGAACUAUGACUGUGAGAGACACUGUGCUGGACGACUUCAAAACACUGGUCAGACAACAGGGGAUGAGUGAUGACACUAUUACCAUUAAGCAGAACAAAGGCGACUGUGUUCCUGGAGAAGUUGUGGUAGAGCCGUCAGCUCAGCCUGAACCUCAGCGGCUGAGGAGAAGCGUGGUGCCUUCUUUGGCUCCUGCAGAUGUUGAGGGUUCUGGUGAUGAUACACCUCUUUUCAAUGGAACUGAGGCUUGUAAAGCAGCACCAGAAACAGGACCAUGUUUUGGGAUGCACCAGCGUUACUACUACAACUCCUCCUCAAUGAGCUGUGAGCUCUUCAAAUAUGGAGGGUGUUUGGGCAACCAGAACAAUUUUGAAAAUGAGAGAGAGUGUCUGCAGAGAUGCCGCACUGAGGCUGUGUGCCGUCUGCCCAUGGUGGCCCAACCCUGCACAGGCCAGCCACCCAUCUGGGCCUUUGACUCCAGUGUUGGUCUUUGCAUGCCCUACAAACAUGGCUACUGCCAGGGCAAUGCCAACAAGUUCUACAGCAAAGCCGAGUGUGAAGAGUAUUGUGGGAUGAUGAAUGAAGAGGGAGAGCUCCUGAGGGCAAGCUAAGAUCAGGAAACAUCACCGCUCAUCUAAACUCAACUCAGAGAUGCAGUAUGAACCAGCAUCACAUAAAGUGGACAUAAAGAAGUGAUUUUUAUCUAAGCAACCACAGAAUAUGUGAUGUCAUGUUAGAUCAAAAAUAAAACAAGUUUUGGCAUUUUA